UAAAGAAAAAAGUACGAUGGCGACGCUGGCCGUUCACGGCGGUUAUCUUCCCUCCAAAUUCCAAUUAUGGCGGCGAACCGUCGUCUCUGAAAUCCGACCAAACCCGCCGUCGUUAUUCAUAACUACAAAGCUAAGCGACAUUGACAUCCACCGCGUCCGUGACCUCUACUCCGAUUGCAACCACUCUUGCCACCGCUUCCCCAACCUCGACGCCGACGGCCGAGUCGAUCCCGUCGACCUCAACAAGCUCCGAAAAGCUCUCAUCCACAGCUCCGUCGUCGUCUCGGUAUUCACCCAGCCGGAGUUCUCCUCCCCUUUGGCGAGUAUUGGAGGUGAUUGGGUUCGGACGGCGAUGCCUGUGACGCCGGCCAACGGCCAGCUGGUUGGAUUUGGUCGCGCCGUCUCCGAUUCCUCGCUCACUGCUUCCAUCUACGAUGUCAUGGUUAUUCCUCCAUUAAGGCGGAGGGGCAUUGGCAGGAGGAUAGUUCAAAUGAUACUAAGGAUGCUAACAAAUAAAGGCAUAUAUGAUAUAGCAGCCCUCUGCUCCGAUGUAGAGAAACCCUUCUUUAGCGCAUGUGGAUUCGGAGAUGAUAUACUGGGAUCCACUACAAUGAUGUAUACUAGGUCGACUUCUCAAUAUUCAAGUGGAGAUCAGGUGGUUAAAAACAUAGGCAGAAAGCAGAUGCUAAUUCCACCACUGAGAGCGGGCAUUAAAUCAUGAGCUUUAUGCUGAUGAAUGAUGAUAGAGUUGACAACAUAAGAUGCCUUCAUUAAAAUCUACUCCCCAGUAAAUUUCCCGAGGUUCAAGGAGCUCCAUUUCAAAGACAAAAGGGGAGAUGGUGCUCAUGAUGAUAUAGCUAAAGUUAUUGAAAUCUAUAUAAUUCUGUAGAAAUGUGAUUUAUGGUGGAAUAUUCCUUUACAGACAAAUUUAGUAGUAUUCCAACUGACUAUAGCUGUAGAAUUUAUAGAUAAAUUACUUUUUUUGUGGA